GAUGAUCGACGUGUGGGUAGUGUCGGGGGAGGGCCAGCUUGCCUUGUCUGCCGAAACCGAAAUUGGAAGGUGACCAACCUCUUCUGGUCCUUUGGUAUCGCCCAUUCAGCAGCUCCCUGCCCAUUUACAGUUACGACGCUCGUGUGGGAGACUUCUCCAACGGCGUCAGGUGGUGGGACGAAGUGGUCCUGGGCAGGAGGGGCUAUUUCGUGCCCUCCAGCACGCCCUCGCUGGUGCUCGAACCCGCCCACGCUCACGAUCAGGACGUCUACACGUGCAGGAUCGAUUACCGCGUUUCGACGUCCACGACAACCAGGGUCAAUCUCACGGUCGUCGUGCCCCCUGGGCCCCCUGUGGUGAUGUGGGAAGGCCGAGAGAUGGUGGGGACAGUAGGACCCCUGCAGGAGAACCAACUGACGGAGCUGACCUGUAGGAGCGUGGGAGGGAGUCCUGCGCCCUCUCUCUCCUGGUGGAAUGAAGGAAGGGAGCUCCCCCUCCUGCACUCUCAUUCCUCUUGGGAUCCUGUGAUAGGAUCGAGUGUAGUCGAAGCCACACUGUCAGUCACAGCCAAAAGGGAACUCCAGGGUGGAUCUUUAACUUGCUACGCCCACACGCCCGCACACCUCAACGCCUCGGAGGGUGCCAUAAUUCCCCCACGGAGUGCCUCUGUGUCACUCAAUAUCACACUCUCCCCAGUCGAAGUCAGGAUACGGUGGAACCAGAUCCUAUAGUAGCAAUGUCGGGGUCCACAGUAAGCGUCGUGUGUCGCGCAUUAGGAUCUCAUCCUCCGGCGGACCUCUCUUGGUGGAAAGAUAGAAAGUCCUUGGAACCCCACGUCACUCACGCCAUACAAGACGGCGGCAACAUCACGACAGCCACUUUGACCGUCGCGUGACGGGAGCAGACGACGGGACGACUGUCACCUGCACAGGUGUGAAUCCCGCCCUCUCCAAAGAGGAGGAGCCUCUGUCAGACAGGAGAAAGCUCACUGUCUUCUGUGAGUGCAAGAGACGAGCCCAUCGUGGAGCUCACCCUCGGGAGACCUCUGGAGGCCGACAACAUCAAGGAGGAGGACGACGUCUACUUCGAGUGCCACG